UUUCAUGUCAUCCUUUCUAAUCAAUGAUAAGACAUAAACAAAAAGAAGGUCUGAUCUAUCCUUCUUGCCAUAAACUUCACACAAACAUUAUAUACACACAACUCCCAUUCCUAUUAUUACCAACCAAUCGACCUCCUAUUAAAACCCACUCCCUCUAUGCCUUCUGGACCACUCGGAACAACGCCCGUACUUACAUAUGGCCACCGCGUCGCCGGCGACCACCAUAGAGGACCUCCACGCGGACAUGCUAACCCGCGCCCUCCGCCACCUCGACGGACCAGCUCUCGCCGCUGCCAGCUGCGCCAACGUCCACCUUCGCUCCCUCGCCUCCCAGCCCGACCUCUGGUGCGACCUCUGCCUCGCCACCUGGCCCGCCCUCCACCACCCCCGGCUCCUUCGCCUCCUGUCCUUCUUCCCCAAUUCUUACCGCUCCUUCUUCUCCGACGCCUUUCCUUCCCCCUCCCCGCUUACCGUAAUCCCCCCCGCCGCCGGCGACGACGAGGCCAGUCUCCCAUCCGAACUUAUCUCCGCCGUCGACCUCCAACACCGGGGCUCCCCCAUCUUAUCUCGCGUCCUCGAGACCGACACCUCCACCGCCUGGUUCAGGGGCGCCCAUUUCCGCCUCGACGCCCUCGACCCGAAGGACUCAUCUCUGCCGACGCUGCUCGCCGCCGCGACACCCGAAGACCUAACGCUGAAUUGGAUCUUCAUCGACCCCCACCGGCGGCGGGCCGUGAGAGCGACGAGCCGGCGGCCGGUGGCCAUCGAUAAGCACUGGAUCACCGGCGAGACGGUGGUCCGGUUUGCGACGGUCCUGGGCGAUGGGUGCGCCAUCGGGGUGGUGGCCACGUGCGUGGAGGAGACUGGGCAGGUGCGCGAGGUGAGCCUGACGGCGGAGUGCGUCGAUGGGGUCUGCUUGAGCGGGAGAGAUGGCUUGGCGGUACUGCGGGCUGCGAUGGAGGGCAGCAGGAGGAGAGAAGAGGCGGCGGAGGCGGAGAGGAGGCGCUGGGAGGAGUUUUCCGGGCUCCGGAUGAGGCGGAAAGAGGCGGUUUCGCGGCGGGAGCAGAUGGUGGACUUGGCCUACGCUGCCGUGGCCGCGGCGGGGUUGCUGGCGCUCUUCGCGGUUACGGUUUUUAGGUAGUCCCCGAUCGCCCGGUCUGGCGGAAACCGAGAAGUGGUGGGUCGCUUCUCACCUCUUUUUCACAUCUGGACCGUGAAUUGGACCUCUUCUCAUAUCGUAGCCGUCCACUGGGCACGUGAGCAUAUGUGAUCAUUAGAUGGUCGAUGAAAGUGUCGCAUCGGAUAGGAUCCAAUUGGAUACUUGGGAUUGUUAGUGGUCAAGUCAACACUAAUAAUUUAGACAAGCGAUAGGGAAAUAUAUGUCACGACAGGGAGAUAAAGAGGUACCGAAAGAUUCCUUUUGGGUGGUUAUGUACCUAAUAAAGUGCCACCUAAUUGGAAGAUGCAAUUCAUUUAUAAUAAAAGCAUCAUUUUCUAGCA